AUGGCCGAAGUUGCAGCGGCCGCCAUCGCCGUCGAGCAGGUCGUAGCCACGGGCGUCGAAGUGGCUGUCGCCGCGGCCGUAGCAUCGCCGACACAACCGCCUAAAGUGACCCUGACGCAGCUGUCCAAGCCGCAGGGCAGCGAGCCGCCGGACCUCGCCCGCUCGCACCUCGUCCGCUCGCACCACAGCGUAACCGUGCUCGGCGACACGGCAUACAUCUUCGGCGGCGAGAGCCGCGACGGCACGCUCUGCUCGGCCGACAUGGUGUCGGUCUCGCUGCCAGACAGCAAGUUCGCGGCACCGGAGACACAGUACCAGCUGAUCCAAGCACUCCCCACGAAAGACACCAGCACGGACGCCCUAGAGCCGCUGCAGCCGGCGGCGCGGCGGCAGCACGCGGCGUGCGCGCAGGGCGGGUAUUUCGUGAUUGUGCACGGCGGCCGCGGUGCCAGCAAUAGCGACAGCACAGCCAUCGACGCGGACAACUGCCUGUGGCGCUGGGACAGCGCGACGCCGGGGUGGAGCAAGCUGCGCGGCACGACGCAGCUGGGCGCGCGCAUGGCGCCGCGGUUCGGGCACUGGCUGUUCGCAGACGAUGCGCAGGGGUUGCUGGUGCUGCACGGGGGGCGGGCGGCUGCGGCGAGCGAGGCGAGCGUGCUUGACCGCGUGGCGGCACCGGAGGCCCAGGGGAUCUCGGCCUUGCGCGACACACAGACCGAGACGUGGCUGUAUGAUCUCGAGGCCGGGGCGUGGACAACGCUGCCGGGGGCCCCGGGCGCGCCGCUGGCUGCGGCGUAUGUUGGCGGCAAGGACGCCACGCUGUACACGGUAGGCGCGGGCGAGGGGGGCAGCGGCGUCAGCGGCAGCGUGCACUUUCUGCGGUUGCUGGGGUCGGCGACGGAGCGGGCGCGGCCCGGGGCGCUGGUCUGGCAGACGGUGGAUUUUCCAACGAACGCGUUGACACCCGGACCGCGGCCGCGCGGCGGCGGCGCGCUAGUGCCGCUUUCGACGGGCAUGGGCCGCAACUACCUGGUGUACAUGUUUGGGUGCGACGACGUGGACUCGGACGACGCGGCCGCCAGGGGCCACGACAAGUACUACGCGGACAUGUGGGCGCUGCAGCUGCCGACGCACGGGUUCAACGCCGCGGCGGCCAAGGACGCCAUCCGAUCCCGCGUCCCGGGCAUGCAGUCGGGCGAGCUGGCGUGGUCGGCCGUCGAGCUGGUCGCCACGGAGCAGAUGGGCGCGUCCGGGGGCAAGGUGCACCCCGGCCCGCGCGGCCUGUUCGGCGUCGACUCGUGUCUCAGCGGCAAGGGCGUCGUGCUCUGGGGCGGCGUGAAUCCCAAGGGCGAGAAGGAGGCUGACGGCUGGAUCCUGCGGCUCGCGUAUGGGUAUGCGGACAAUGAUCGGCGGGAGUGA